GUUCGGCAUUCAGCAUUCGAGUUUACUGUUUGUUUUGUUUUGUACUUCAACAUGACGACAUGACAUGACGUUCAGUACCUAGUUUUUACCUAAUUCAGUUAGUAUACGUAUUUGUACAGGUUUUUUUUUUCAAGUUAAUUUAUGACUCACAACUCGGCUCGGAAUAUAUUUAUUAUUAGUUGACAUUGGAUUUGUUGAGAGUCAAUGAACUGGUCCUCAUAAAUUUCGGUUUUUGUUUGAAACUUGUUUAAUUUUUGGAAACUGUGUUCACUAUAUAAUGUGAGAUCGAGAACGUUUGACGGCGAAACGAAAAACGAUAAAAUGAUCACGAUCGGGAGACGGUUGAUGCUCGCCGGACUGAUCGUCGUCACGUUGCAAAUUUGGAAUGUGUCGAUGGCACCGACUGAGAAAAUUACUAAAACUAUUGGUCAACUUAUGAUGUCAUCUAACAAAGUCGGUUUGGUCAACUAUUUUGAAGAAUUGAAACUUGAUAAAUUUUGCAAUUUUCCGUUACUGGAUGUCAAAAAUUUUACAAUGGUAGAAAAUGAAUUCAUUUUUCCAUGUUUUUGUACGGUAAUGUUCAAUGUUAGCAAUGAAUUUGAAUACGGUCAUAUAAAUAGCUCGGACUUAGAAGCAGCAAAAUUUGUGACCGAUAAUCACAAAGUGAAUGAUGAAAUCAUGUUUAACAUGUGGACAAACAUAACCAAAAACUCUCAAUCAAUGAAGUUAUUAAUGGAUCCGUUGAACAGUAUAAGCAAAUGGAAUAAAGUCUGUUAUAAUUUGAACAACGAAUUACAUACAUAUUGUAAAUUUUUAAAUGUAGAGGUGUUGCUGUUUUAUAAUGUUGUCUUAGAAAAAUCUACUAAAUCUAUAAAAAAAAAUAUCGACAAUCCACCAAAAGACCUAAAAGAACCAAUUGAUACUAGUGCUGUUGUUGCAGAGCUGAAAACCCCCGAAGACCAACCUCAAAUUAAAGUUAAUAAAUCUCCUGAAAAUGAGAAAAACGUAGGUGAUAUUCCAAAAAUAGCUGAAGUCAACAUUGAUAAUAAUAAUAAUAAUAAUAAUGAUGAAGAACUUCGUUCAGACGUACCAAAAGAUAUAAACUUUGAUGAAGAUGAUACUACCAUUGAAGAUGAAAAACCAGUUGAAGAAACAGAGACCCAAACUCCAAUUGAUACUAAACCUGAUUCAAAAUCUAAUGAUGAUUAUCCUAAAGAGGAUGACGGUACCAUUCACCGAUCAGAAACCAAAGAAGGUUUAUCAAGAUUAGGUCCAAAGCCUAAAUUUGCAAAUCGUGGGUUUGGCGAUACAGAAGAAUCACAUUUCCUUUUCUACUUCAGCAUAAUGACUAUCCUAUCAAUGAUAUUUUAUUUAGCUUUAUACAAUAAGAAAAAAAUAAUUGCACUUUUAAUUGAAGGGAGGCGAAGUACAAACCACAGAAGACGACCAAAUACUUCUAGUUAUUCAAAAGUAGAGACUGAUGAUGGAUCGACUGUGUUUUGAUGAAAUUUAUUACCUUUAGUGAUUUCUAUUGCGAAAACAAAAUUAGUCGUAGACUCUCAAUGUUGUGAUGUUGAGUGGUUAUUGAUUGAAGAAUUUCCUAUAACAAUAAUUGUUGAAUAUGUAAUGGGAUAUAUAUUAAUAAGUUAGAAAAAAAACUGUGAUGAAAAUAUGUAUAUAUAAAUUUUACAAAUUUUUAGGAACCUUUAGCUUUAUUUUGAUAUUAAUUUUAAACAUUACAAACUGUUGAUCUUAACUUUGUAACUGUCCAAAAAACAAGUAACAUAAAUACUUAAAUUUGUAAUAUAAACAUAGUUUUGUUUUUUUUUUUUUUUUAUUGAAAAAAAGAACAUUUUGUACACAUAAUAUACUUAAUAUAUAUCUAUAUAUAAAAGUAAAAUAAUCACCUAU